AUGCCGCUAGUUUCCAACCAAGACGUGGGUGUCAAGGAACAGAAGCCUAAAGUGAUGCUGACACAGAUUCUUAUUGUUCCAGACUUUGUUGAGAAAUACUUGGAUAUUGAUACGAGACUUCGCCUCCGUAAGACCUGCAAAACCAUCCGUGAAAUUAUCAAUGAAAAACUGCUACACAUAGAUGGUCUCAACUACAAUUUCAUUGGUAAUUGUAUCGAUAUAUCUACAAAUGAAGACUUCAAGGUCCUUUACAAAAUCAUUGAAGGAGGAUUGAGAGUGAGAUACUGGGAUAGAGAGAAAGUGAUCAAUACGAAUAAUGACGAAGAAAAGGUUGAGAUAAUCCAACAGGAUUUGAUGUCGAUUCUUUGCAAUGAAAAGCUGAGAAUCGACACUUUAAGAAUCGAAAGCAAUCUGACAACUUCUUUUAAUAAGAAACCUCCGAUUGGGAUGAGAGCACUACGAAACACUUUCAUCCAAGUGCCCAACAAACGAAAUGUCCGCAAUUUGGAGUAUUUUGUUUAUGAAGUGAAUGAAGCUUUCAUAGUAACAUUGAAUACGAUAGACCCGGUGCACCUCAAAUUCCUUUACCUCAGCAUGCAAUUUCUUAAUUAUUCGCCCGGAUUUUGGGAAGAUUUGAAUAAUCUGGAACAAUGGAAACUUUUGAAAUCUUUAAUUGUUCGUUGUCCGCAACUAACGGUAUCGGACAUUACAAGAUUCUUCACCCAUUUUGAGAAUGCUCAUUUGAAGAUUCGCAGUUUUUACGGUUUGUUGGACUUCACGCUUAUACACAAUUCUGUAAUGGAGCUUAAAAAUAAACUACUUCAAAAUUUCAAUCUGAAACAGUUGAAAAUUCGAGUGGACAUGGAGAUUCGCGAUUCUGACUUCGAGAAUAUUAAAGCAAGUCUCCAACAAUACAACACCAACAAUACACCGUAUCCGUUCUGGUUUAGUAUUCCAUACCCGGAUUCUGAUAAGAAAUUGGAAUUGUUGGUGGAGACGAAGAUGAUAUGGUUCAAGGGACCGUGUUAUGUGGAGGGAGAAGAAGACACUGAGGAAGAAGAAGUUGAAGAUGAGAUGCUACCGCUAAUCCCUUUGAAUUUUAACGAUUUUUAA